AUGCAAACUCGAUUUUUUGCAGGCUUGCUUUAUUAUGGAGUCCCAGAAGACUUUUUUGACCGAUUUCCUACUGAAAUAGCCACUAAAUUUCAAGAAUUAAAAAGAAAGGAAGAUUUAUUCCAAAAAUUAUACCCCAACAUUAAGUUAAAGGUAGAGAAAUUAAUAACUUUAAAAAGCACUGAUAAGACCAUCGGCAACACCAUUAAAGACAGGUUCCAAGAUAAAAGCGUGGAUAGAACCGUUGACAAAGAAAAUCAACGCCAAGAAGGAGAACGAGUAACUAGCAAAGAAACCCCUAUCAAAACUGUGGAUAUGAUUGGGGGAGAAUAUGGCACCCAUGAUAGCAAAGUAAUAACUGAACUAAAAAAUACUCGGAAAAUAAGACCUAAUUUAGACCACGGAACUGACAAGUUAACAGAAAGAGAUAAAGAUCGGGAUAAGGGAACACAAAGGGAUAAUACUACUCGCCUGAGUACCAAGGAGGAACAACCGCAAUUUAUUCAGCAAAUGGCAAAAAUCAUUGACCAAUGUAUGUCCCUAGAAAUACCAAUUGCUGAAUAUUCUAGUCGCGGAAAAAGAAUAAUGGGCAUUGAAGAAGAAACUCUGGAAAGCGAGGAAGAGAAAAGGAGAAAAAAGCAAAAAGAUGAAUUUAAAAAAUUAACCCUUGAUGAAUAUCAAUCCUUAAAAGAAAGAGGAGAACCAGUAGAAGACACAUUAGUUUUAGAGAAUUUGGUAAGGAGGUAUAAUGAAACAAAAAGACUCGCCUCUCGUAGUAGUACAACCAAAGAGAAUAGAGAAAAAGGUAUGAAAGGCCUUAUUUUGGCCUUUACCGAAGAGAUUAUUUGGUCGGAUUUAGAGAACUUCGAUAAAGUAAUGAAUGGCAUAACUGGAUUUACUGAAUUUAAGGCCGAAUUAAGAAACCGAACCGAAGUAGCCCAUUAUUAUCGUAGCAUUGGGAAAAAAAUGCCCCAAACCUUUUAUUGCUUAGUAGGAAAAGCCGGAGUGGGUAAAACCGAGAUCAGCAAAACCUUGGCCAAGGCUUAUAAACGUCCACUAGUCAUAAUUGGUAUGGCUGGACAGAACCACACCAAAGUUUUAAAAGGAAUGCGACCGACUUUGGAUAAUGCUUCUUAUGGACGAGUGACUGAAGCCUUAUGUGAGCAAACUUGGGCAGUAUUUAGAACUAAAAAAGAAUGGCAAGAGUUACUAAAUAAACUAAAAAACAAGGCCAAACCAACUAAUAAUCAACAGGAGCGGAUGAAAUAUAUUGAAAGUGAAAUUAAAGCCAUUGAGGAGCAAGAAAAGGAUAGAGAUCGCUUACAAACUGCUUUGAAUGCGAUUAAUCAAUAUGGUUCCAAAAAAGAACAAAUAAUGUACCUAAACUUAAAAGAAAGAAUAGGCAGAUUGUCUGGGAAAGUUUAUGCUUUGCCAAGCCAAGCAUCGAUAAUCCUCUUGGAUGAAUUUGAAAAAGUUAAAGAAGAAACAGUAAUGUUUGUGGAAAGACUAGAAAUUUUAAAAAAUAGAAGAGAUGCUUUUGUCCGGGAAUAUUUUCCCAGUAGUAUUAGAGGAACCGAAAGCAUAAAUGACAUAGAGAUAAAGUAUGAUGAGGAUGAAUACAACAAGAGGUAUGAACCGAAUAAUUUUACUCCUGACCAACAAUUAAUAAGAGAAAGGAUAAAUGAUAAUUUUUUGAAAAUGUGCAUUACCGAAGAAUUUGGAGUGCGGGGAGGAAUUAUGAAUUUAGUGACUGUUUUUGACUUCCUAAUUACUUUUAAAGUGCGAGGAUUAUUUAAUCAGGCCCCUUAUUUAGACCAAGUUGCAGAAAAAGAAUAUGUAACCAAUCCAAGCGGGGAAGGAACCCUCAACCUAACUUAUGAAAUUAAUGGAACUAAUUAUUUAUUGCCUUUAACCCAAAAAAGGGAUGUUGAAGAAGUAAAAGAUAAAAAUGGCCGAGUAACAGGUUAUGAAAAACCGGGCUAUAAAAAGGACUGGAAACCAGAACUGGUAGAAACCCCGGAAGAAGAAAGUGAGCAAAAAGAACGAGUAGCCAUAAAUUAUGAGCAGUCAGACUAUCGAGGAAUUGAAAUUUCCAAAGUUCGCACACAUGAUUUACUGAAUGAUGAGGGAGUUGCCGAAGAAUUAAAAAUUGAUCUUGCUUCUACUGACUUUAAAGUUUAUUUCUUGAAAAACUUCCUAAAAAGGAGAGUUAAAGAAGAAAGGCUAGAACAGGAAAUAAGAUCACGCUACCAAAAUGUGAUUGCGGAGGAGGAUUGCCAAAAUGAAAUUCCAGUAGGGAAGCAUUAUGAACUCUACAGGGGGAAUGACAAAACAGGGGAUUAUUGUUUUCCUUGCUGGGGAAAAGAAAAAAGCAAGUAUGAACCAUUAAUUGAGCAAGGAUUAUUGAAAAAAAAAGAUGGUAAUUACCACGGAACAAAAGACCCAAAAAAUGAAGGAAUUCCGGUUAGAGAGGGAGAUAAUGAACCCGAAGAUAAAAGCGACUUAGAAAGAAGAUACUGUGAAAAAUGCGACAAAUGGUUAAAUCAUCCUGCUUCUUAUGACAAACAUAGUUAUUAUAAUGGAGGAUUUGCAGAAAAUUUCUCUGUCACUGACUCCAGACAAACUCUUCACUGUUCUUAUUGUGCAAAAAGGGUUAGAAUCACGGGAGAAAAAGAACCCAAAACUAAUAUGGAAAGAAUGCUUGCUUUCCAUAACACUGCCAACAAAGUUAACCACGAUUGUGAAGCGGAAUGUUAUGAAUGUGGAAUAAAAUUUAAACCGACUGACGCAACUGUUGACCUGCUGUUGGAUAAACGUGGUCGUCCUUAUUGUAUAAAUUGCCAAAUAAAAAAACUAGAAGAGGGAGACUUUAUGAGUGACAGUGAUAAUAAUAACAAUGGAGAAAACGGAAAUCAAAAUGGUAAUCAGACUAGCCAAGCAAAUCAAACUUUUUUACCUACUCUAAUCCAAAUUCAGCAAUAUUUUACCGCUAAUAAUAUUAAUUCGAUUACUCAACAGGCUGAUGGGAGUUUAUUAAUUUCUUUCAAACAAACUAGUACUAAUAGUUCGCCUCCUCAAACUAUUAGUAAUGAGGAAUUAACUGAUGAAAACAAUGCUGGUAUGGAUAAUGAACAAAGAACUAUUAAGCAAGAUAAUAAGUCUGAUAAAAUGCCUUGGAUAAGUUGGGGAGGAAUAAUUGUUUUUGUUGGAAUUUUAAUUACUAUCAUCUUGAUGAAAAAACAAAAUAAUUUUAAUCUUUACAGUGGUGAUAUCAUUACAAUCAAUAAUAACAAUCCUUUACUGGUAGAAGUAGAUGAUGCAGAAAAUCAAACAAUUAAAUUAAGAAACAAUAAGGAUGAAAAAUAUCUUUCAAAAAAAUUCUUUUCCAUUUCCAGAAAAUCACUUGAUUUUUCAACUGAUUUCGAAGAUGCUCUAAUUUUCACUGUUAAACAAAACAGUAAUGGCGAAAUAAGUUUGCAAACAAAUGACAGCAAAUAUUUGAAGUCAGAGGGCAAAAAUUUUCGUUUGUCUUCUAAAGAAAGGUUAUUGGCCUUAACUAAACAACAAAAUACAGAAAAUAUUGAGGAAAUAGAGAUUAUCAACCUUUAUAAAGAAAAAGAGGAAAAAAGUAGCGAUGAAGAAGUAUUAAUUAGUUGCAAAUCCUAUGAUAAUAAAACAGAUAAUCCUCUAGAGUAUACUUUCAGUUUUACUGAGUCAAUACAAGAAGCACAUAAUUUUACUUGGUCGGAUGACUUCACUGUAGGAGUUUCGGCUAAAUUAUCAUGUUCCUCAAUUGUUGGAGCAGAAAUUAGUGGGCAAUUUCAGGCCAAGUCCGCAAAAAAAGUUAAACUGUUUACUCCUUACACUGCAAAAGUUAAAAGAGUGAUUGGUGGAAAAAGUUAUGAUUACUUGAUAGAUGGUAAAUACUCUGGUGAUAACUAUUCUGAAUCUCGCUGUCUUACCGAAGAAAUAACCGUCAGAAACAUUUUGCUGGAAAAUUAUUACUGCGUGAUUGAUAACAUUGGCUUUGGUGAUGCCGUUGUAGAAGAAAAAGAAGUACUAAUUAGAAUCGGGGAAGCAAUUAAUUCUGCUUAUCAAGGAUUAAGUCACGUAUUGUUUAUCUUUGGUGGAAGAUUUUCUGAUAAAGAAAAGGAGAAUUUUCGCAAACUAGCAGCCUUAAAAAUUACUAAUUCUUAUAUUACCUUAGUAAGAAGUAAAUUUAAUAAUUUUGGUAACAAAAGGGCAUGUGAGAGAGAUAAGGCGGCAUUAGAAAAUGAAAGUCCAGAGAUAGAACAGUUGCUCAAUAAUUGCCGAGGACUUUUACAUAUUAAUAAUGGUGAUGAAGACUCACGCGAUAAAUCUCGAAAAAAAGUUUUAGAAGAUAUUAGUAGUUUGAUUGAAGAUUAUUUUAAAGAAAAAGAAAAAUUGGAAAAUAAAAUCAAAGUGAAUGUUGAGCAAAAAAAAGCAAUUGAGCAACAAAUUGAUGAUCUAAAAACUGAAACUGCUAAUCAGAUUAAGGAGAAAGCAAAAGGAGAAGAAAUUCUUCAAGGACUCAUUGAGGUAACUAAGUUAAAAAAAAGCGAAAGCGGGAGAAAUUUCGAACAUUGCUUAAAUGAUAUAAAUACUGCUGCAGCUAACUAUACUGAACUCAUUACUAAAAUUGCUAAUAAUGUCAGUAGUCCUGCUAGUGGAACGUUUUGUUGCGAUAAUAGUGGUUCUUACCGUGAUGCAGAUUCUUAUAUAAAUAAAAGUAUAACUUGUUCACCCUUAAUUGCUGACCAUAAUUAUAGUUUUACUAAUUAUUGUCCUCACAAUUAUGAAAAUACUACUUUUGGUCGUUGCACUAAAAUCGAUCAAUCUUAUUUCUGUGUUACUUACGAUCCUUUUUUCUCAGUUUUGGGUGAUAAUUCAAUAACCACCAACAUUACUACUGGAACUGGAUCGGAUUAUUUUCUCGACUAUCUUGCUCGAUGCUUAACUGAAAUUACUAGUAGCUUUUCAACAAUGUGUUGUGAUGGUGGUGAUUGUUCGGUAAGAGAUUUAAGAGAUGUAAAAUAUGGUAGGGCACUUUCAACUGAUGUCGCUUGUUUUAGUAAUUUUUGCAGUUUUAUGUGUUUUCAAGAUAAUGAUGGUUAUAUUGCUAAUGGCACUUAUAAUGCUAAUAGUGGAUGGAAAAAUUAUCCAACAUCCUUUAGUAAGUUUACUUUUAUUGGCGACCUUAAUUUACAAAUUAAAUUACCUCCAAAAACAAAUUCUUCUCCUAGUAAUCCUAACUUACCCCAAAUACUCAUUCCAGUCGGAGUCGGAACUGGAGUCACAGUUAUUGUAAUAGGUGGAGUAACUUACUAUUAUUGUGUAAAAGGAGAAAAAAAACAACAAACUGAUGAGAACAUAACUCUUUUGAAUAAUCCCUUUCUAAAUGAUAAUCAAAACAAUAUCAAAAAUAUUCUCCUUAUUGGUUCAACUGGCAAAGGAAAAUCCACUCUGGCUAAUGUAAUAACUGGUCUAGAAAAUAAGUUUAAAGAAAGUGAUGUGAUUGACACAGUAGGAAUUGGCGAUACCAAAUUAAAAAGAGAAGAGGUAUUAGAUAAAAUAGCCGAAGCUGUUUACUUAGUCAAAGAUGGCGUCAGUCAAGUCUUUUUUGUUAUUGGUAACAAAUUUGACCAGCGUGAAAUGGAAAAUUAUGAUUUGUUAAGAACCAUAAUUUUUGAUAAUGAGAUUGUUAAUCAUACUACUAUUGUCCGAAACUGCUUUGAAAAUUUCAAAGAACCGGAAGAAUGUAAAAAAGACAUUGACUCAAUGAUUAAAGAGGGUGGUAAAUUAGCAGGAAUAAUUGAAUCUCGCCAAGAAAAAGCUAUUCGGCAAGAAGUUUUAAAGCACAUCUUCAAUAAUUGUGAUGAGAUCAAAGAAACAUCGGGAGGCGAUGACUUUAUUACUAAGACCUUGGGAGACAAUAUUAAUACUGACGACUGA